GAGAGUGUGUGUGUACACGAGUGGAAGUGCUGACAGCCAGCCAAACCACCCCAUAGCUCACGAGCAGUCGGGGCACAACACAAGCCAAAAGGCAUUCCUAAUAGUCGGUAAAAGCCACCUUUGUCGUCAGGGACGCCGGCUUUAUUUUUCUUCACUGCAAUGAGUUUCUGGAGGCUCUGGAGAGCCUGGCUUCUCCAUUCCCUCAGCCAGCUUCUCCUGCUGCUGCUGUCGCUGAGCCCCAAGCAGACAGAAGCCCACCCACAGUGCCUGGACUACAAGCCUCCGUUCCAGCCUCAGGAGUCGCUGGUUUUCUGCAAGGAGUAUGCCAAGUUUGGCUGCUGCGACUUGGACAGGGACAGCCAGAUUUCUCAGCAGUUCUACCAAAUUAUGGACUACUUUGAUCAUUCUGGAUACAUGGCCUGUGGGAAGUACAUCCGGAGCAUUAUGUGCCAGGAAUGUUCUCCUUAUGCAGCUCACCUGUACGAUGCUGAGGAUGCCAAUACCCCCAUGCGGGAGCUCCCUGGCCUGUGUCGUGGCUACUGCAAUGAUUUCUGGCAUCAAUGCCGAUAUAGCCUCAGCCUGCUGACCAAUGACAACAUCACUUUCACCAUUGAGGAGGACCGUGAAAAGUUCUGUGACUACCUGGAGCUGAAGGACCCAGAAUACUGCUACCCAAAUGUUCUAGCCAGUGAUGAGCUGAAUGCAAACCUGGGUAAUGUUCAGGCCGACACCAAAGGCUGUGUCCAGCUUUGUCUACAGGAGAUAGCUAACGGUCUACGCAACCCAGUAGCGAUGAUACAUGCAGAUGACGGCACACACCGGUUCUUUGUAGCUGAGCAGCUGGGAUAUGUGUGGGUGUAUUUGCCAAAUGGCUCGAGGGUGGACAGACCCUUCCUGAACCUCACCAAGGCCGUGCUGACCUCACCCUGGGCCGGGGAUGAGCGAGGCUUUCUCUGCAUUGCUCUUCACCCCAGGUUCAGCGUGGUGAAGAAGGCCUAUGUCUAUUACUCAGUGUCGGUCAAAAAACAGGAGAGAAUCAGGAUCAGCGAGUUCACUCUGUCUGAAUCGGACAUGAACAUGCUGGACCAUUCUUCUGAGAGGACCCUUAUGGAAGUUGUGGAACCAGCAUCAAACCACAAUGGAGGCCAGCUGCUGUUUGGUUUGGAUGGCUACCUUUAUAUCUUCAUAGGAGAUGGAGGAAGAGCAGGAGACCCCUUUGGCCGGUUUGGGAAUUCCCAAAACAAGUCAGCUCUACUGGGCAAAGUCCUACGAAUCGAUGUGGACAACAAUGACGACAGCGUCCCCUACACUAUCCCGUCAGACAACCCUUUCGUCGGAGACAAAGACGCAAGGCCAGAGGUCUAUGCCUAUGGAGUCAGAAACAUGUGGCGGUGCUCCAUUGACAGAGGAGACCCAAUCACGGGCAAGGGGCGGGGUCGCAUGUUCUGCGGCGAUGUUGGCCAGAAUAAGUUUGAGGAGGUGGAUCUCAUUGAAAAAGGCGGCAACUACGGAUGGAGGGCAAAAGAGGGGUUCUCCUGCUAUGAUAACAAACUCUGUCUAAACUCUUCACUUGAUGAUAUCCUGCCCAUUUUCGCUUAUCCACAUAAACUGGGGAAAUCAGUAACAGGUGGCUACAUCUACAGGGGCUGUGAGAUGCCAAAUCUUAAUGGUCUCUACAUCUUUGGGGAUUUUAUGAGCGGGCGCCUCAUGUCUCUAAAGGAGAACCCAGACACUGGAAAGUGGGACUACACAGAGAUAUGCAUGGGGAAAGACAAGACCUGCCGCUUUCCCAAACUGAUCAACAGCUACUACAAGUAUAUUAUAUCCUUUGGUGAAGAUGAGGCAGGUGAGCUGUACUUUCUAGCUACAGGAGUGCCGAGCGCAGCUGCCAGAGCAGGAGUGGUGUAUAAGAUAGUGGAUCCAUCCAGGAGAGCGCCUCCAGGCAAAUGCAGCAACAAACCCGCUCCAGUUCAAAUAAAGGGCAAACUGAUUCACUUCUACCCUAAGGAGGAGUUUGUGAUCAACAAGAAACCUACAACAACUGCUGCCCCUAAGAUCAAAGCAACUACUAAACCCAGGUUAACCACAACUCAAGCGAAGCCAAGACCCACAAGAAAGCUUCCCACUGCACCUCCAGUGAAACCUACACAAGCACCAAAACCCAACCCACUAACUCCAAAGCCCAGGAAACCUAUUCCAAAGCCUCAGAUUCCAACACCAAAACCAACCUUCAGACCAGUAACUACAAACCCUGCUACCCUCAGGAAACAGCAGACAUUAGCUGUUACUGUGCGUCCACUUCUGGGCCAGAUCACAACCGUAAGACCAGGAUAUCUCACCACAUUGCGGGGAAAAUCAUCCCAGACUCCUGCAAUGUCUCACACGACCAGACCCCCAACCACACCUCGCAGAGCCACUACACCAAACAUGGUCCGUCCAUCCACCAAAAUGCCCCACAUCCCCAGCAAUAACCAUCCAGAUUUGGCUCCCUCAGUGACCACCCCCAGGCCUGUAUACAGGACCCCAGCUUUUAAGCCUACCUCGAAGACACACCAACCUAACUUCACCCUCCCUAAAUCUGAGCAGAAGCCUCAGGAAGCCACAGAAGGCAAGUCUGACCAUCCGGAUGACAACCCUCAUAAAAGGGGGCGGGGCAAAGGCAGGAAAAGAGGAAAAGGGGGCCGGAGAAGGUCCCGUACCGGGCAGGUUAGGUUAGUCAGUGCUGAUAAUCGAUCAGAUCGUGGACGGGUGGAAAUCUUUAUAAAAGGAGAAUGGGGUACAGUUUGUGAUGACCUGUUCAACCUUAAAGCAGCGGCGGUGGUGUGCCGGCAACUAGGCUUCCCCACAGCCAUACGGGUGGCCAAGCGGGCAGAACUGGGCCCGGGGUCCAACAAUGUCAGCAUUUUUCUGGACGACGUGGAGUGUGAGGGGACGGAGAGGACACUGCUGCACUGCAAACGUGGUAAACUAGGUAAACACAAUUGCUCGCAUGAAGAGGACGUGGGGGUUGUGUGUGGCUACGAGGAGCGCACAGAUGAGUGA